AUGGCUGUUGUGGAGGCACUUCUGCAGUUUUCCAGCACAGGAACAUUAUUGGGUGCUUUUCUGUUGCUUCUGGUAUUAUAUCUGCUUUCCACUAGCUCCAAACCUCAGAAAGAAGGUAAAGACCCACCAGGACCCAAACCACUGCCACUGCUGGGAAACCUGCUGACACUUGACCUCGAAAGACCCUUUGACACCCUUUGUGAGCUGUCCAAAACCUACGGGAAUGUGUUCCAAGUGUUUUUCGGUCCCAAAAAAGUUGUGGUCUUAGCUGGGUACAAAACAGUUAAAGAAGCCCUUGUGAACAAUGCAGAAGAGUUUGGGGACCGAGAUAUUGGACCUAGUUUUAGUAUACUUAACAAAGGACAUGGGAUCCUCUUUUCUAAUGGGGAGAACUGGAAAGAGAUGAGACGCUUCGCUCUCACUAACCUGCGGGACUUUGGGAUGGGCAAGAGAGGAAGUGAAGAGAAAAUCAUAGAGGAAAUUCAGUAUUUGAAAGAAGAGUUUGAGAAGUUUGAAGGGAAUCCCUUUGACACAACACAGCCCGUGAACUACGCUGUAUCAAACAUCAUCUCCGCUAUUGUGUAUGGCAGCAGAUUUGAAUACACGGAUUCUCGAUUUAAAGAAAUGGUCGACAGGGCAAACGAGAACGUUCGGGUUGGUGGAUCGGCAUCUAUGCGGCUUUACAACACAUUUCCAUGGUUGGGCCCUUUCCUGAACAGCAAAAAGACUGUCAUAAGAAAUGCUCUGAAAAACAGGGUGGCAAUAACUCAGUUGAUCAAGGGGCUACUGGAGACUCUGAAUCCACACGACCGCAGAGGGUUUGUCGAUUCUUUCCUCAUCCGUAAACAAAGUGACGAGCUUUCACCUGGAACAUUACUGGGCAUUUUGCUGGUGCUUCUGGUUUUAUAUCUGCUUUCGUCUGGCUCCAAACCUCAGAAAGAAGGUAAAGACCCACCAGGACCCAAACCACUGCCACUGCUUGGAAACCUGCUGAUGAUUGACCUCGAAAGACCCUUUGACACCCUUUGUGAGCUGUCCAAAACAUACGGAAAUGUGUUCCAAGUGUUUUUUGGUCCCAAAAAAGUUGUGGUCUUAGCUGGGUACAAAACAGUUAAAGAAGCACUUGUGAACUAUGCAGAAGAGUUUGGGGACCGAGAAAUUACACCUGGUUUCAGAAUAUUUAACAACGAACAUGGGAUCCUCUUUUCCAAUGGGAAGAACUGGAAAGAGAUGAGACGCUUCACCCUCACUAACUUGCGAGACUUUGGGAUGGGCAAGAGUGAAGAGAAAAUCAUAGCAGAAAUUCAGUACCUGACAAAAGAGCUUGAGAAGUUUAAAGGGAAUCCCUUUGACACAACACAGCCUGUGAACUAUGCUGCAUCAAACAUCAUCUCAUCUAUUGUGUAUGGCAGCAGAUUUAAAUACACUGAUUUUCAAUUUAAAGAAAUGGUCAAAAGGGCAAACGAGAACAUUCGGCUUGGUGGAUCGGCUUCUAUUAUGCUUUACAACACAUUUCCAUGGAUGGGCCCGUUCCUCACCAAAAAACAUUUGUUUUUAAAAAAUAUGAUGAAAAGUAAGGCAGAAAUGACUCAAUUGAUCAGUGAGUUACUGGAGACUCUGAAUCUACACGAUCACAGAGGGUUUGUCGACUCUUUUCUCAUACGCAAACAGAGCGACGAGCAAUCAGGCAGGAAGGACACAUACUUCCAUCAGGAGAAUCUUAUCGUAACAGUCGGAAAUCUCUUUUCAGCUGGUACUGAUACCACAGGAACAACUCUGCGCUGGGGUCUGAUGAUUAUGGCCAAAUACCCUCAUAUACAGGAUCGGGUUCAGGAGGAGAUUGACAGAGUGAUUGGUGGACGUCAGCCAGUUGUGGACAACAGGAAGAAAUUACCAUAUACAGACGCUGUGAUCCAUGAAACCCAAAGACUGGCCAACAUAGUGCCCAUGAGUCUCCCCCAUACGACCAGCUGUGAUGUUAACUUCAAUGGAUACUUUAUCAGGAAGGGUACCACAGUAUUUCCUCUUUUGAUGUCUGCAUUAAAGGAUGAAAGUGAAUGGGAGAAACCGCACAGCUUUUACCCAGAACACUUCCUUGAUGAGAAGGGACAGUUUGUUAAGAAAGACGCUUUCAUCCCCUUUUCUGCAGGGCGCAGGGUGUGUCUAGGAGAGAGUUUGGCCAAGAUGGAGCUCUUCCUGUUCUUUACCUCUCUUGUUCAGAACUUCCGCUUCACUCCUCCACCUGGAGUUUCUGAAGAUGAGCUUUGUCUCAGAGGAAUAGUGGGAAUCACAUUGAAUCCAUCCCCACAUAAGCUGUGUGCAAUCAAACGUCCUGAUCCAUGACAAUAACAUCAAUCUUUAGAAGAAACAACAACAAGAAACAACAUUUCACCUUGUUUAAAAUGGAGUUUGAGAUUUUAGCACAAUUUGUACGUAUUCCUAGGAAAUGGUCAUAUUGUACAUAUCUAAAUAAUGGCA